AUGAGUACUGCGCUACCGUCUCUGCAAAUUCCCGUGGACUACGCCCAAAUCCAGACCACGGUAGAAGACUUCUUACUUCAUUUCAAAAACACCACCACUACUGCAUCGACAUCGGACAAUGACACCAUGGACGUCGGUGAGGGCCCCAAAUACAUGGCAAUCAUGCAACAAGUGGCAAAUCGGGAGCUUCAAACGGUCGAAAUCGAACUGGACGACUUGCUAACUUUCGAAAACGAUACUUUAGUCACAUCUGCAGAUCUGGUGCGAACCGUGACCCGCAAUUGCUACCAUUUCGUCGAGCUAUUUAGUCGCGCAGUCGACAAACUGCUGCCUCCGCCUACUAAGGAAAUUGACUACAAAGACGACGUUCUGGACGUGAUACUGUACCAACGUAAGCUCCGCAAUGACAGAUUGAUGUCAGAUCGUCGCACUGAACUGGCUGCAGAGGCACCUGGUGAGAUUCAAGACGAAAAUUUGAUGCGGGAAAUUGCAGAACAGGAGUCUGAUUUGUUUCCUGCAAAGCUUACAAGACGCUACAAUCUGUACUUCAAACCCCCCACCGCAGCGCAUGGUCGCAAAUGGCAAGUUCCGCUACCGGUUCGUGAAAUUAAAGGUGAUUGUUUGGGACAGCUAAUUACGGCGCGCGGGAUCGUCACAAGGGUAUCAGACGUUAAACCCUCCGUGCUAGUCAACGCAUACACCUGUGACCAAUGUGGCUAUGAAGUAUUUCAGGAGGUGAACUCACGUACGUUUUCUCCGCUGGUGGACUGCACUUCAGAACAAUGCUCUCAGAACCAAACCAAGGGCCAGCUCUUCAUGAGCACAAGGGCGUCCAAAUUCAGCGCGUUUCAAGAAUGCAAAAUACAAGAAAUGUCCGAACAAGUACCUAUAGGCCACAUUCCACGAAGCCUGACAAUUCAUGUCAAUGGAGCACUGGUUCGGAGUUUAAGCCCAGGUGAUGUUGUGGACGUGACAGGUAUUUACAUGCCUUCUCCAUUCACAGGGUUCAAAGCUCUGAAGGCGGGACUCUUGACAGAAACUUACUUGGAAGCUCAAUACGUCUUUCAGCAUAAAAAGAAGUUUGCGUCUUUCGAGAUAACACCGGAGACUGUAUCACGCGUCAUGACUAUUGCGUCCGAGGGAGACGUUUACAACAGACUAGCGCAGUCUAUUGCUCCAGAAAUUUACGGUAAUCUAGACGUAAAAAAAGCGCUCUUGUUGCUAUUAGUUGGUGGUGUGGACAAAAAGGUUGGCGAUGGAAUGAAGAUCAGAGGAGAUAUCAAUGUUUGCCUGAUGGGUGACCCCGGUGUUGCCAAAUCUCAAUUAUUGAAAUCCAUCUGCAAGAUUUCUCCUAGAGGCGUUUACACUACUGGUAAGGGUUCCUCGGGUGUGGGUCUGACAGCUGCAGUUAUGAAAGAUCCAGUAACCGAUGAAAUGGUGUUGGAAGGUGGUGCCUUAGUUCUGUCCGAUAACGGUAUCUGCUGUAUUGACGAAUUCGACAAAAUGGAUGAAAGUGAUAGAACGGCUAUUCACGAAGUCAUGGAACAGCAAACUAUUUCUAUUUCUAAGGCAGGUAUCAACACAACCCUGAACGCCCGUACAUCCAUUCUGGCCGCUGCAAAUCCUCUUUAUGGUAGAUACAACCCAAGACUAUCACCGUUAGAAAACAUCAAUCUGCCGGCAGCUCUCCUAACCAGAUUUGACAUUUUGUUUUUGCUGCUGGAUUUGCCAAACCGCGAAGAUGAUGAAAAACUCGCAGAGCAUGUAGCAUACGUUCACAUGCAUAAUAAGCAGCCUGAUUUGGGGUUUGUUCCAUUGGAACAGAAUCAAAUGCGCGAAUUCAUUGCGUACGCUAAGACUAAAAGACCCACAAUGAGCCGCGACGUCAACGAAUACGUGAUCCAGUCCUACAUCAGAAUGAGGCAAGACUCUAAAAAGGCUAUGGACUCUAGAUUUUCCUUUGGGCAAGCCACUCCAAGAACUCUCUUGGCUAUUAUCAGGCUAUCACAGGCUUUGGCAAAGCUCAGAUUCAGUGACACCGUCGACCUCGACGACGUUGAAGAAGCUCUCAGACUCAUUCAAGUGUCCAAAGAGUCGCUGUACCAGGACAAUCGUAAGAGUGCAGAGGAGGAUAAUCCAACUACGAAGAUCUUCACCAUCAUCAAGAACUUGGCAAGAGAUGGAUCUCAGCUACAACAGAGCUUGCCAUUUGGUCUGAUAGUCAAGGCUGUGAGAUCGCGUGGGUUCACUAUGCUGCAAUUGAACAAUUGUAUCGAAGAGUACGCCUAUCUGGGUAUCUGGAAUCUGGUCAACGAAGGUGCUACUUUACAUUUUUUGAACCAGGGUGUAGAACAAUCCAAUGAUGGUAGCUCACACGAGGCCGCUCCUCUUGCCUCUUUCCCUUUAAGUGAUGACGCAGUGAUGAGCGAUGCCUAA